GAAGUCCGAGAUCAGGAUGAUGUAGGUGGAAAGAAGAUUACUACUAAGACAUUUCUUUCUCUUUCCCAAAUUACUGCCUUGUCAGAAGAAAAUCUGGAGGGAGUUGAAAAGAAGAUGGAAGAAUUUCUGAAUCUUACACAACUUAAGACAUCUUUGAAAGAAGCUAUUUUACUAGAUUAUUAUACUGCAGGAUUUUGGUGGGCUAAAGAAAUGAACUUCAGUCUUAUCCAGCUCUCAGGAUUCAUGGAUCUAUUAAAUUUUGCCUUGGAGAACCUCAGCAGCGAACGUAUGACCUUGGGAGAUAAUUUAAAAGAACUCGAAAGAGCAAUGUCUGGAAUAGGAGAAACUGAGUCAGAAGAAAGAGGUGACCUGAAUUUAUUCAGCAUUGAGCAAGCCAAAUCAAUCAUUGAUUACUUGGUUACCAGUUUAUUUAAACACUAUAAAGCAUAUGAAUACCUCUUCCACAGUCGUAGAGAAGAACCUGUGAUAAGUAAUGAGAUUGAGAUUGAACUUGACCAACCUGCAGCUUCCUCCUCAGCUUCAGCGACAGAAUCUCAGGGGUCUGACCAGGGAGAUUACCUGCAAGGGCCCUGUCCAGAGGCAGUGUCUUCCAAGGCGGAUGCUGUAGGUGAUGCUGCUAAAGAUGAGAAGUCUGCAGUGUGGGAAAUCCCAAAUGAAAUUAUUGACAACCUUGAGGCAGACUUAAAUGAAAAGCUACAAAUGCAGGAAGAAGCUUAGACUUGGAGAACAGAAAAAUUGAAAAGUUCUAAACAGCCAGAUAAGAAAGGUGAUGUUGGGUUUUGCAGGAAUUGGGCAGUAGGGGACGGCACACACGGAGGCUGGUUUGCUACCUGACCCAAAUUAUUUCUGUGUAGAGGAAAAUGGUUCUGUUAACAGUUACCUGGAAGUAUUUCAUUCCAGUCCCUCAAAUUUACGGUGUUCUGCCAGUGUUGUUGCUUAGUUUAGACUUAAGUUGAAGAUUAUAAACAGAUGGACACAUAAUUAAAACAUGUUGAAGUUCAGUUUAUUUCUGAGUACAAAUUCUAACUUUAAAAAAAAAGCUGCAGUUGCAUUCUUCCAGUUGUGAAAUACUUAACAAUUUCUGCUUUAAACCUAUGUUUUUUUCAGGAAAUGUUGCUACAAGGAAAAUACAUAGAGAGGAAACAUAAUUUUGAAGCACUGCAGAUAUAAUAAGGAGAGAAUUUAAUUAACAUGUAAUUACCCACCUUGCACUGUAGCUAUUCAUUAAUAAUAUAUAUGUUCUUUUGUUUUAAUUUGCUUCCUAAGCUUUAAAACAAAUUUAAUAGCUUACACUUCUUUCUUUCCACCAUAUUAAAAUUGCAUAACUGAAGAGUUUGCACUUCAGUAUUCUCAAGAAGAGUUCCUUUAGAUUUCAGUGGAAUUGUUUCUGGAAUGCAUGUAUCCUUUCAUCUGAGAAUGUUUCCAUAUUUUGUCAGCCAUUGUAGAAAUGUUAUAGAAAUGUUUCAUGCUCACAAGGAAUCCAAUCAAAUAAAUGACCUCAGAAGAACUGA